CGCCAUUCCAUGAAUGGUCAAUGUGAUAUGCCAAUCAAGGGAUUUCGACAUGGACCUAACUUGACAUGGAGAGAGGGAGUGUGUUAGGCUCCAUUGAUGGCUACGUAUAUAUGGUAUGUCCGAAGAUGUUGCAUGCUCCAAAAGAUAAGGUUCCACUGGACUACCAUUGAAUUAUACUCAGGUCAGAGUUGGUCAUCCCAUAUACAAACUGUGUCUGAUCCAACGAUAUGAUGAAUCAAGUAAAUGAUGCACAUAUUUGGAGAUAAGUGCAUAUUUGUAUUCUUUUAGGAGAUACUUGUCGUGGAAGGAAGCCUAAGUUUGACACUUUCUUCUCUCUCUCUCUCUCUCUCUCUCUCGUUUCCAAACCCCAUGAAAGAUCCAUGGUUGUUCUCAAACACUUGCCGGCUUUCAACCAAAAGCUCAUCCAAUAAGGCAACGAAGCUGAGAACUCUUCUUGCUCAUCUCUGCUGCUGUCUUCUAAGGAUCCGCUGAUAUCCCUUUCUCUCUCUCUCUCUCUCUCUCUCUCUCUCUCUUCCAAUUCUUGUCUGUUUAAUGGACUCAGCUAAGAGUAGCAGUCUUCAACCGUCCGGGGGUGGCGACGAUGAGUUUGGUUCUCCCGCCGCUCCUCUGUCCGCCUUCUUCCGCUCCAGAACUGCCACCUCGGACGCCGCCACCUUGCAACCAUCACCCUACUACUACGGUGACCACCACUUCGACUCGCUCUCCACCCGUCCUUUCACCAGUUUCCCCUCCACUGUAACCUUUUCCUCCUCACCGCCAUCUGCCGCCGUCUCCCAUGGCGCUGGCGUCGGUGCAUCACCGGCGCAACAACUACCUGACCAGUCUAACGUCGCUGCUGCGACACCUGCGACGGAACGGAGCUCUAAGAAGCGGUGCAGGGCGUCACGGCGUGCCCCGACGACGGUGCUCACCACCGACGCCUCCAACUUCCGCGCCAUGGUGCAAGAACUCACCGGCAUCCAGUCCUUCGCUGCCUACCCCUCCCCUUGCGCCGGCGCUCGCCUUGGCCUCUUCCACUCUGCCGCUGCCUCCCGUUCCUACUCUGACCCUCCGCUGCCGGCGUCCUCUUUCUUGCUCCCUCGCCCCUUCAUGCAGAAGGUCCAGUCUCCUUCCUUCCUUCCCAUCUCUUCUACUUCCCCUGCUCAUUCUAGCUCCGCUGUUACUGCCAUUAAUAGCAUCUCCAAUGGCACCACUAGUAGCGAUGGACAUCGUUCAUCCAGUAGCAAAAGCUACCAACUACGUUCGUCAUCACAUAUUCUUCUGCAGCGAGAAGUAUAUAUGAAGGAGCAACUGCAAGGCGAAGAUAUGAUGGAGGAGAUAAAGAAGAGGUGUAGAUAGCCAAAGAGGAGGAAGAUUGAGUUACUGCUUCAACCUAAUUGGUUUUGGUGUUGACACAAUGAUUAAUGUGCUUACCUUAGCUCUUGCCGUAGAUCUCCAGUGAGAUAGAUAUCACAUGAAGAUUAUAAGAGAUGUGGUGGUGCAAGGCAGUAAUGAGAUAUAUAUAUAUAUCUCAUGUGUACCAUGUUCUGAUGGAGUGGGAAUGAUUGGUGAAGAUUGUCGAGGCCUCAUCACAAACUAAAUUGCCUGCUUGCUUCACCCCUGUUUGUGAAGAGCAUCGAAUGCCUA